UCCGUUAUUACCCUCAGUAACGCUCACCGUUUCAGCUAGCGCCAAACCUUUCACAUCGUUUCAUGUUUAAUCUUCUGCUUUAGAGGCGUUAUUGUCUGAAGUCAUAUCAGUAGUCAGUUUCAUGUAGUUUGGAGCAAAUAGUCUUCGAAGUUCUUGUCAAACUUAUGAACUUGUUUCACAGUCUGGCUGUGGGAGCAAGUGAAGGCGGUCUCCUCGUUCAAGUCUUUCGGCAGAAAUGAAGAGCCAGCAGAAAGGCCCUGAACCAGAUGGGAGUGUUACUGUCAACGAGGAAGGGUCUGUAGCCACUGCAGAGGAUCCAGCAGCUAUUGCCACCAUUCAGUCUGCAGCCACCUUCACUGACCAGCCCAUCAAAUAUCUUUUCAAGACAGAAGGAUCAGGCGGGCAGGUGACCUACAGAGUGAUCCAGGUGUCGGAUGGCCAGCUGGAGACACAGUCAGAUGGAGCUGCAGCGGUCAGCCUGGUUGCUGGUUUCCCUGGAACCCAGACUGUCACACAGGCUGUGUUCUCCCAGCCAGAUGGUUUGGAGGGAGAUGGCAGCAGUGAGACACAGUACACAUACUACCCCGCCACAAUCGCAGAUGCCACAACUGGCACUAUGGUGACCACAGUGCAGGCCUCUGACACACUGCUGGGCCAGACCACUCCCACAGGGCAGCUCUAUGUGAUGAUGUCACCCCAGGAAGUUUUGACGGGAUCUAAUCAAAGGACAAUCGCACCUCGCACUCAGCCUUACAUAGCAAAGCAAGAGGCUCCCCGGGCUUCCAGAGAUGAGAAGCGGCGAGCCCAGCACAAUGAAGUCGAGCGCCGGCGCAGGGACAAGAUCAACAACUGGAUUGUGCAGCUAUCGAAGGCCAUCCCAGACUGUAACGUUGACUAUACCAAGACAGGACAGAGUAAAGGAGGAAUCUUGUCCAAAGCCUGCGAGUACAUCAAGGAACUGAGACAGAGCAACCUGAAGCUGGGGGACGAUAUCAGCACACUUGACCGUCUCAGGAUUGACAACCAGUUGCUCAGACAGGAGGUGGAAGAUUGGAAGUCCAAGAAUCAGAUCCUGAGGAACUUGCUGCGACAGCAUGGCAUUGUGGGAUCUUCCAGCACAGACCCCCAGUGAGAAGCCUGUUGCCAAAGGGUAUUUGAAGACAUCUACAUGUAUGGGCCAAAAGAGUACUUGAAAUGCUUUGAGACAACUUUAUUUGUGAUUGAGUGUGCAUGAAAUAGGGCAAAAUAAGUGAAUGUUGUCAUUGAUAUUCAAAUCAAGCUACUUUGCUAAAUGACAAACUUAAACAUUAUCUUAGAAUCUUUUUAUAACAGAAAUCCUUUGCCUGGUGAGUAAAAGCCAGUCUUGAUAAUGUGGUGUAUCUGAGAAGAGAAACAAUAAAAAAACUACAUCAGCUUGAGUGUGAAAAGUCACGUAAGUUUAGCAAAGCCCUCAUUGAAUCCCUUCCUCCACAAAUGUUAUGAUUGUUCAUUAAAGGUAGGGUUGGAAAUUCUUUUCAGAAUUGAUUACUUUUAAGUAGAUACGACAGUGGUCUAGUUCUGUUGAAUCAUGAUGGACAGGUAAUUAUUGGUUUUUGUUUUUUGGGGGAAAUUUGUUUUUUUUUCCUGAAAUCUCUAAGUAGCAGUCAGGCAGUGCACUUUGCAGUGUGCCCUGCGUUUUGGAGGAGUGGCUUUAGGGUGGGAUUUCUUCGGUUGGUUACUUUCAAAAUCGAGCUUCCUCUUGCUGGGUUUUCCAGAAUCACCAACCCUACCUUUGACCUCCAGUACAUUAAGCUCUAAAACAUGACCAACGUCUCUUUUGUUUCUGAUCCUUAACCUCUGUGCUACAGUGCUGUGCUUCUCUGUAUCAAAUGCAUUCAUAUUAAUGUCUCUGAAAAACAUAGUAUUCAAGCUUUGACUUAUUUUCAUCUUUUAUCAGUAUCACUUUGAGUUGAUACCAAGUUUGUCAUCCAGUUCACUUUUGUAUAUUGUUUCAUGAAGCUUCACUGGGGACAAUAAUUACAUUGCAACAAUGUAACUAACUAAAUAAACUGGGGUUGGUAAGCAUUGCAUUAGGUAGGCUAUGCAUGUCUUUAUAUUAAAAACUGAAAUUAUAUGCCCUAAACCACUUACAGUUCUGUUUAUUAUUAAAGAUAA